CAUAUGAUGAGCUGUUUGUUAAGUGACUAGCUGGAUAUUUAUGCAAAUUAUUCAAAGUACUCUUCGCCCUGCGGUUUGACCGAUCAUCCUUUUACACUUAACAUGUUUUAGAAUCCACAACUCCUCUUUAACUCAAGUGGAUAAAAGUUUACACCAAAGAAAAGGUAGGUAACGAGAAGUUCAUUUGCACUGAAGUUAGAAAUAUUUGCAGGUGUCUUUUAAGCAGUUAUAAAUUCACGGGCUUCGUCUAUCAACCGGCGAUAUUAAAUGCAGGACAAAAUUCAUUCCUGUCGAGUAGGUUACCGGCUAAGGUUGGCGAAAUCACGCAUUUUUACACAAGAGAUUCAUGUAAAAUAAAACCAGCAAAACCAUAUUCUCUAUUUACCUUACAGAGGCAAAUCCAUUUUUAUUAUACAAGAAACUCUCAGGAAUUUCGUCGCGUCUCUUUUGGACUACCAUCAAACAAUUUUGCGUCGUUUGUGAAAGAACUAAUUUUAAACAUUCUCCGCACCGAGAUCGCCAACUCAUCUUCUCCAGUUUCCGUUAAAAAACAAUUUAGGCGUUUAUUAUAGUAUUCUUAGAUAAAUAUAUGGAAGUCAUGAUUAUUGACGCAACUUGCGGAAACCUGAUUUGUUCAGUGCGCGACAGGUUUGAACGAAGUGGUAAAAAACGCGCAAUUCCCUUUUCAAAAACAAGAAGCACGUUUUUGGCGAUCCCGCACCUAUUUGAAAGAUUGUUUUUUAUUCACGUUUUUGUCGUCCGUUUGACAGUGGCUCAAGAUCUAACUUCCGCACAGGUCGUCUAAACAUCAAUUACUGUCCCGCUCACUCCUACACUACUUCCCUAACACAAAACAAAACAAUAAGCUCAAACUGAAAAAAAGAAAGAACAAAAUAGAAACUCCAAUCGAGCACGCCUCCCGGAUAUCGAACACCAAAGGACCAAUUUAUUUCCAGUUCCUUAAGCUUAAUUAUUCAAAUUUUCCAGGUGUAUAUGUACAACAGGAAAUAGUGGAAGAACUUCCCCUGUUUACAAGUUGUUAGAGAACAAUAUUUCGUAUUACCAGUGUUUAUAACCUUAAUUUGCGAUUUUGUGUUCGUAGGAAAUCAAUGACAAUAGCCCUUAUGCAUGUCAACGUCAGACUGGCAAAGUUGAUGAUCAAGCGCAAUUUCGAAACUCUAAAUCUGCCAAGUUUCACUAAAGAUGAAUUUCUAUGACAGUUAAUCAGGUGGUUAAUUGUUUUGAAAACCUCACAUGCUCUAACUGAGUGCAAACGCGAAGAAUUUUGUUCACCAUCGAGGCUUGUGGAAACAUUUUCUUGGUUGACGUAAACAGGCAGAAGGACAAUUAGGCAGUAAUUGUUAUUGGACGGAGAAAAACAAUUAUUAAAGCAAUUUUAAUCGCUGAAAAUUCACACAGUAAGCCUCACUCUAAUUGCAAGGACUGGUGAAGUAUUAAUUUCUUAAGGAACUAGACGCGAAUAAUAGGAUGGAUAAGAAAGUUCUUCAGUGAACUGAAUGGCAGAAACGAAAGCGUGCUAACAAUAAGAAACCAGAAAUCUGUGGGCUUCAAAAUUGCUCAAGGUAAAGGAUUUUCAGCGCAACGAAACACUACUAAGGUCAACGAAAAUCAAGGAAAACUUUAAGGGACAAUGUCGCGGGAAAUUGAAGAACUAACCUACAACGUAGCUAAACUCAAUGUAAAUCGGUACAAGAAAGCCAAUACUGCCGGGAGAUAAGGAGUCCCAAUAUCUGCGGCAUCGAGCAGCGAGCCGCCGAGGUAAAAUAUCCCGAGGUGAUUAUUUUUAGUUUCGGUCAAAUGAGAUAUAAUAGAUGCAUGACUACAGCUUCCAUUAACAUACAGUUCCAUUUAACGUAUCGAGGACCUGAGUUUGUGCUUAUAAAAUCAAGCCUUAAGUAAAUAAGAUAAGUAUAUAAGAUGGUAAUAUCAUUAUGUUUUAAUAAUUGUACCGCGACAAACUCAUAAGGGGUUGACAUAUCAGAUAUAACAGAUUUAUGUUCUUAGGAAGGUUGUGAUAUGUAUAUUGGACUCUGGAGUGAUUUAAUCUUCAGCAACACUUUGAGCUGAAAAGUGUAUUUUUACGAUAUUUACGGACUGAUUCUUAUGAAUUUUUAUCGCUUACUCUUUAAUUAAUUUUGCCAGUUGCAUGAAAUCCUUUAUUAUCAAAAUUGAGUGGAGGUUCAUAGAAAGCUUUAAUAAGUAAUUAAUAAGUAAUUGCAUUUAUUUCACAGGGUGACUUCAGACCAACUCAAAUUGAAGCCUGAAAGUUAAUGCUUAUAGCCAGCACUUCCUAAAUGAAUGAGUGCCUACAUUUUACGAAGUCUUCAUUAAUCAUGCUCUGUGAGCAUCCGGGCUUCGGCUUAUUUUACGGUGUUGCCUGUAUAACAUUAUCGCUUACAGCGAUUAUUGGAAAUUCGAUCGUCUUUUAUGCGUUUUGGAUUUCGAAGUCACUGAACCAUACAUCACAGAUGUCAAGAAUGCUUCUUCUCAGCCUCGCCGCUUCUGAUCUCGGCGUGGGCUUGUUUGUUUUACCCCUUAAUGCGGCCUUGAUGUUGCAAAUGCUGGGACUCGUGAGCAGUAAUGAAAGUUUACACGACCAAGAUAUGACGAAAACAUGUCCUCUCCUCAAGGCGGUGAUAUUCGUUUCCAUUUUCUUCAGUGGAGCUUUGCUUUUAACAAUUGGAGCCAUUGCAAUAGACAAAUACCUUUCGCUGUACCUGCAUUUAAAAUACACUCAAUUAGUGACUUCAGCGCGAAUUCGUAUUGCAGUGUCUGCUGUCUGGACGAUAUCAUUCUUACUGGCCACACUAGAGACAUUACUGGGUUAUAAUGUUAUAAUCAACACCUCCGGAAUGGUUUUGGUUAUUUUUAUUGCCUCGAUCGCUUAUUGGAAAAUUUAUACCAUUGCUCUUCAUCAUCAGAAUCAAAUUUGUGUUCAGGACGGUCAACAGAAUCAAAUUUGUCGAUUAACUCAUUUUUCGCGCGCCAAGAGGAUGGCAAUGAAAACGUCUUCUAUUUUUUUCGUGUUGGUAAUCUGUGAUGCACCUUCGAUAGUGAUAUGCCCUAUUUUUGAAUAUUCAAAGACUCCUUCCACCUUGUUAACGUUGUUUUUUUAUGUGGCAUCGUUUCUUUUUAUUUCUAAUACCUGUUUAAAUCCACUCGUGAUUUGCUGGAAAAUUCGGGAGGUCCGCGAAAUUUUUGCAAAUGUUUUCAAACACGUGUUUUCAAAAUGUAUUCCUUCAGGAAAUCAAUGAGAGACUGAUUUUAGAUUCAAACAGCUGUCAAUUUUCGCUUGUAGCUAUAAUCAAACUGCAUUUUUAGAAA